AUGCAUUUAUUAAGGUCACAGAUACUAAGAUCGUCCAAACGGUUUAUAUCGGCCUCUUUGAAAAGAUUGGCUGACGUGGAGGUCACAGUUGAUGGCAGAAAAGUCUCCAUUGAGGCCGGAUCAUCAAUAAUCCAGGCUGCAGAACUAGCUGGUGUUACUAUCCCCCGUUACUGUUACCAUGACAAACUCGCAAUCGCAGGUAACUGUCGUAUGUGUUUAGUCGAUGUUGAACGAAUGCCAAAGUUGAUUGCAUCUUGUGCUAUGCCUGUCCAAAACGGGAUGGUUGUUCACACAGAUUCAGAAAGAAUAAAAAAGGCAAGAGAGGGCGUUACUGAAAUGUUGUUGGAAAAUCAUCCCUUGGACUGUCCUGUUUGUGAUCAAGGUGGAGAGUGUGAUUUGCAAGAACAAUCUCAAAGAUUUGGUUCAGACCGCGGUAGAUUUAAAGAAUUGGUUGGUAAAAGAGCAGUUGAAAAUAAAGCCAUUGGUCCUUUGGUUAAAACGUCAAUGAAUAGAUGUAUCCAUUGCACAAGAUGUGUGCGUUUCAUGAAUGACGUUGCAGGUGCUCCGGAGUUUGGUACUGCAGGAAGAGGUAACGAUAUGCAAAUUGGAACAUAUAUCGAAAGAAACAUUAACUCGGAAAUGUCAGGUAAUAUCAUCGACUUAUGUCCUGUUGGUGCAUUAACAUCAAAGCCUUAUGCAUUCAGAGCAAGACCAUGGGAAUUGAAAAGAACCGAAACUAUUGAUGUUUUGGAUGCAGUUGGAUCCAGCGUUAGAGUUGACACUAGAGGUAUUGAAGUCAUGAGAGUCUUGCCAAGAUUAAACGAUGAUGUUAACGAAGAAUGGAUUUCGGACAAGACAAGAUUUGCAUGCGAUGGUUUGAAAACUCAAAGAUUGACUACCCCAUUGAUUAGAAACGGCGAUAAAUUCGAAACAGCUACUUGGGACGAAGCGUUAUCUACAAUUGCUUCAGCAUACUUUAAGAUUAAGCCACAGAAUGGUGAAUUGAAAGCCGUUGCAGGUGCCUUGGCCGAUGCUGAAUCGAUGGUUGCAUUAAAAGACUUGGUCAAUAAAUUGGGGUCUGAAAAUGUCACUACUGAUGUAAAUCAAGGUGUUGAUGCCCAUGGAUUAGAUAUUAGAUCUAACUACAUUUUCAACUCUACUAUCGAUGGCAUUGAAGAAGCCGACCAAAUUCUUUUGGUUGGUACCAAUCCCAGAUUUGAGGCAGCAACUUUGAAUACAAGAAUAAGAAAAGUUUGGCUAAGAUCAAAUUUGGAAAUUGCUAGUGUUGGUCAAGAUUUCGAGUCCACAUUUGAUUUCACAGCAUUAGGUAAUGACGCAAAUGCAUUGAAAAAGGCGCUUAAAGGUGAAGAAGGAAAGAAACUAUCACAAGCAAAGAGGCCAUUGAUCAUUAUAGGGUCAGGUGUUGCUGAAUCUAAAGAUGCAAAAGCUAUCUACAAAACAGUUGGCGAGUUUGCUUCUAAGAAUGCCAACUUCAACACUCCAGAAUGGAAUGGGGUAAACUUGUUGCACCGUGAAGCGUCAAGAGUAGCAGCAUUAGAUAUUGGCUUCAACACAUUAUCGCCAGAUGCAACAAAACCAAAGUUUAUUUACUUAUUAGGUGCAGACGAAAUAACAAACAAAGAAAUCCCCAAAGAUGCGUUUGUAGUUUACCAGGGACAUCAUGGUGAUAUUGGUGCUUCGUUUGCUGAUGUAAUAUUGCCCGGCUCAGCCUACACUGAAAAAUCCGCUACAUAUGUGAAUACAGAGGGACGGACACAAGUGACAAGAGCAGCAACAAACCCACCGGGAGUAGCACGAGAAGAUUGGAAGAUCAUAAGAGCAUUAUCGGAAUAUCUCAAGGCUAAGUUGCCAUAUGAUGAUAUUGUUUCACUUAGAAUGAGAUUGGGUGAUAUUGCACCAUCUUUAAUAAGACACGAUGUGGUUGAGCCUGUUUCUUCGGAAAUUGCACAAAUUGGUUUCCUUGAUUUAGUCAAAAAGAAUAGCUCAGCAACUAUAUUAGGGGAGGCUUUGCAAAAUCCAAUAAAAAACUUUUAUUUUACAGACGUGAUAUCGAGGUCUUCUCCUACAAUGGCUAAAUGUGUGGCGGCGUUUGGUGCAAAAAUUGAUAAAAUUAAAGAUGAGAAACCAAGUAUAAAUUUUUGA